UGAUUGGUCUGUAUAUGUUGUGUGUGUGUGUGUGUGUGUGUGUGUGUGUGUGUGUGUGUGUGUGUGUGUGUGUGUGUGUGUGUGUGUGUGUGUGUGUGUGUGUGUGUGUGUGUGUACCUCCAGGCCAGUGGGCGGGGGAUUAAGCCCGCAUCACGUGGUCCCUUUAGCUUCUUUUCCACACACAAAACACACACACAGCUGUUUAUACUCCUCUCUCCGGUGAGCAGCGGAGCCGUCAGAGAGCAGCGGCUGCAGGAGUCCGGAGGAAUCGGCGGCUCCACCGGAGAGCAUCUGUACGGGAAAAAUCUGGACGACUAGUUUUGAUUUUAUUUUAUUUUUUUCUUCCUUUUUUCUGGUCAGCUACACGGCUUUCACUCUCUGUCAUCCCGCUCUUCCUCUUUCUUGCGUAUGUCCGUCCCGGCUGCUCCGCUGGAAUCUGGAGUACAGACACGGAUCAGCAGCAGAGUGAACACAGAGACAUGAGUUUCAGCCUCUGCUGCCCGCUUUCUCCCAAUCACUGACAGAAGAGGGAAACAUAAGGUAAAGGGGUCGAAGCGGCAGCCACAGGCAAAGCGGCGAAGGUGAAGCAGACAUGAGUGCGGACGGCCAUCAGGCGGUGGUGACCACUCCUCCGCCGCCCACCGGCGGCACCAAGGAGCGCUAUUUUGACCGGGUCAACGUCAACGAUCCAGAGUACAUCAGAGCCAGAAACAUGUCGCCUGACCUCCGGCAGGAUUUUAACGUUCUGGAGCAGAAGAAACGUGUCACACAGAUUCUACAGAGCCCAGCCUUCAAAGAGGAGCUGGAGUGUCUGAUCCAGGAGCAGCAGCGGAAAGGGAACAACCCGACCGGACUGCUGGCCCUCCGGCAGAUCGCUGACUUCUUCAUGGCCAGCUCGGUGGCCGGCUUCAACACUUCCCCUCUCAGUCUGGGCAUGGUGACUCCCAUCAAUGACUUGUUCGGGGUGGAGUUCGCCUCCAUGGUGAAAGGCGAGAAGCUGACGCGCUGUAAACUGGCCAGCCUCUACAGACUGGUGGACCUGUUCAGCUGGGCCCACUUCGCCAACUCCUACAUCACAGGCCGAGUGAGUAAAGAACAGGACCACAUACUCAUCAUCCCCAGAGGUCUGUCAUUCGCUGAAGCGUCUGCAUCAAACCUGGUGAAGGUGAACAUCCUCGGCGACGUGAUCGAGCAGGGCUCCACCACCCUGCGGAUCGACUCAGCCGGGUUCAGCCCGCACGCCGCCAUCUACUCCAUGCGUCCGGACAUCCGCUGCAUCGUACACGUCCACACUCCCGCCACGGCGGCUGUGUCAUCGAUGAAGUGCGGCCUCCUGCCAAUCUCCCAGGAAGCAUUGAUCUUGGGAGACGUCGCCUACUACAACUACCAGGGCAGCCUGGACGACCAGGAGGAGCGCAGGGAGCUGCAGAAAGCCCUGGGCCCGACAGCGAAGGUGUUGGUGUUGAGAAAUCACGGCGUGGUCGCUCUCGGGGAAACCGUCGAAGAGGCCUUUCACUACAUCUACAACGCCCAGUACGCCUGCGAGAUCCAGGUGAAUGCUAUCUCGUGUGCCGGAGGAGUGGACAACCUCAUAGUGCUGGACCCAGAGAAGUACAAAUCCCGCGUGUUCGCCGUGGCGGCAGCGGCGGACGUCAACAUGGGCGGCCAGUACAAGUGGAAGAUCGGCGAGCUGGAGUUUGAGUCUCUGAUGAGGAUGCUGGACAAUCUGGGCUACAGAACGGGCCACGCCUACCGACACCCCAUCGUUCGGGAGAAGCCGAGGCACAAGAGCGAAGUGGAGAUCCCCGCCACCGUCACGGCCUUCACGUUCGAGGAGGACGGCGAGGCCAUGCGGCUGCCCUUCAAGUUCCUCCAGCAGCGGCAGCAGAGGGAGAAGACGCGCUGGCUCAACUCCCCCAACAGCUACACCAAGGUCAGCGUGGAGGCCGGAGAGGAGCGCUGCAACAGCCGGACGACCACGUGGAUGAGGGCGGAUGAAACAGGAACUCCGAUCCGGAUUGAAGACCCAAAUCAAUUUGUCCCUCUAAACACAGACCCCAUUGAGGUGCAGCAGAAGAGGAACAAAAUCAGAGAGCAGAACCGGUUAGACGUGAUGACGUCAGGUCCACGCUCUCAGCACCUCGCCGGCAUUCCUGUCGAUCAGCCGCGACAGGAUCCGGGGCAGAUAAACGAGCCGCCAUACGUGCCCACAGUGGAGGAGCAGAUGGCUCCUCUUCCUCCCAACCCGUUCAGCGAGCUGUUGGAAAAGGAGCAGCACCACAAAAGAAGGCAACUUGGCCUCAGCGAUGGCGAGCACGAGCUAACCUCCGACGACGGCUCCACGCUCUCGCAGUCUCUGUCUGUCACCCAGUCUCCGCAAAGCACUCCGGCUAAAGAAGAGAACCACACGGGCCUGAUGAACGGCAAGGACAACCACGACGACGAGCUCUCCAAGCGCGUCAGUCAGCUGACCACCAGCGUGGAGAGCGUGGAGAUCACCGUGCGACCCGGCGAGAAGAUCGAGGAGCCGCUGUCUCCCGAGAGCUCCCCCUCCAAGUCGCCCAACACCAAGAAGAAGAAGAAGUUCCGCACGCCGUCGUUCCUGAAGAAAAACAAAAAGAAAGAGAAGACGGAGGCCUGAGAGGAGCGAGCGGGCGAAGCCGGGAAGAGCGCGCCCGCGGAAUGAGGGUGUCAAAUUCCCCCUUCUUUUUUUUUUUUUUUUUUUUUUUUUUUAUAUUGGAUUUUUUUAACCAGAGGUUUUAUGUACAAAAGGCAGAUGGAAGAUUUAACAAGAAAAAAGAAAAAAAAAACAACAGUUUGGAAUUUUUAUGAAAAAGUCAUUUUGCAAAGAAAGAAUGUUUGUGAGAUUUUGGGCCCACCGAUUAAAGCUGCAGCAGAUGGAAGAGAUAUAAAAAAAAAAAGGGCAGGCAUGGGAGUGUCUGCACACCUGAUUAUCUCAUGCGGUUCUCUCAACUCGCUCCUUGGAAGUGUCACUUGUAGAUCCUGAAUAACUGGCUCCUCUUCCCCUUUUUUCUAACCUCGGCUCGAUACUAAACUGGAAGCCUCUUUGUCCUUCAUAUAUUCUUUAAUAUUCCACCUCGCUCGUAUUUUGUCUCGCUUUGUCUGCACAGAAAACGAGAAAAUGUAACAUCACACUGGAAAAAUAGUUUUGGGAAAGAAUAGUCGGAGAAUUUGAGCUGAUGUAUUUGCUGCGGCUCCCAAGUUACUCUUUGUGACUAAUUUCUCCGAAAGGAGGAUUGUGGUUUAUAGAUGCAGGUAAAGGUCGUCUGCGUCGACGGCGAGGAUGAAUUCUGGCUGCUUCUAACUACAUUAUCUCGUAUUUAUGUAGCAUUUUUAUAUGGCGACCUCUUCAUCUCUCUCCGCUGUUGUUUUUGUUUGCCAAAAUGACUGGGGGAAAAUCUUGUCUUAGUAAAGAAACCGCAGUUUGUUUUAUGAAAUGUGAUUUUUUUUUUAAAUGUUUUCAAUGCAGCUUUAAGUCCGUCAGCCCCGUCUUGCACUUGGCUUGGGCCAGUUACCAGUUUCAGUCUCAUAUAGGUGCAUCUCAAUAAAUUAUCAUAAGAUCAUGUAUUGCAGUAACUGACACUACAGCUGUCACAAUAACACAUUUUUCUGGGUGAUAAAUUGUCCCAGAAAUUACUGCGAUAAAUGAUAAUUUUGUCGUUUUGAGAUCAUUUACAAUAUAUGCAAAUGUGCUGUUUUGUUCAGUACACUCCAUGCUGGACCUGGAAGAUAUUUUAAGUGUCCGAAAUAAAACACAACAACCUAAACACCACACAAUCGAUCCCAUAAAUAAAAUGUUAUUUUUUUUGUAACUGAAAACAUUUAAGAUUGAAUUUUUACCUAAGCCUAAUAUAAAAAAAACAACAACAAAAAAAACACUUUAAAACAGAAAUGUGGGCUUUAUUAAAAGUUUUAUGCCUGUUUAGAGGUUAUUAUUAAAAAGGUACUUUUAAUCUGACAAACGAGGAAAUAUAUUCUGAUUUCCUGAUCGUGACUGAAAUCUUUUUGACAAGUUUAUAUUUGUCAGUCAUUAAAUAUCCAGCUGAUGCAUCCAACUUUAAAAAUAAUUCCUUCAAUUAUUGGUCCAAACACACACAUUCAGUGCUAAAACUGAAGGAGCGCCACCUACCACUCGUUUAAGGGACUGCAGGGAUUUACAAACUACUACAAAACCCAGCAGGUUUCAUUUGGUCGACGUCUCAAAAUAACAGACGGGUACAGCGAACAUAAUAAUGUCAUAUGAUGUGUCAAAUAAUUGUUGCUCUUUUAAAAAAUUCGAAAUGGUAUCAAUUAUGUUACGUAUUUUUGAGUAAAUACCAUGAGAAAAUUUCACUCUGUCCCACACACUUCUGGACUGGAGUCCCGGCGUAGCGCCUGCGUUAGCGAGAACCGGAUCUCAUGGCGAGCGUCGUAAUCCCGAGGAACUCCCAGUCGCUACUUAGCACAGGAAUGUUGAAAUCCUGGCUGUCAACUUGCAAAUCUGAGCUUCUAUUAUCGUAGAAUAUCGUGUUUUUUUUUUUUUUUUUUUGUGUUUUGUUUUUGGGUUUUUUUCUUUCACCGGCGAAGGAGAUUAUGAAGUAUUCGGUAGAAUUUGCGCAAGUGGCAAGUGAGGAAUGGUGUUCGAGGAAAGUCAGGGCCAAGAAAGUGAGCGGAAAGAAAAGAGAGGGAAAAUCUCGGGUGAAAUAAAAAAAAAGGUUUUGAUCGGAUCCUGUUAAUGUCUUUGUUGUUGUUCGGAACGCGUCAACCUAUCGGCCCUUGAAUGUUUUGUUAAACAGAUACUUUCUUGAUCCGUUUCUGAUUAUACCCUUGUCUGCACAAUCUUAUUCAGAGUCCAGUCAAAUGUAAUACAAUGACAGCAGGGGGUGACAUUAUCAAUAACAAAUGCAUCAAAAUGGAAAAGAAAGCAUCUCCGGCUUAUUUUGGAUGCUUACAUUAUUUUACUCUCCAUUUAAAAACAAAUUAUUUCAGAAAGAUCUCCAAUGUCGUCAUUUGUAAGUCCCUGGCACAUCAUUGAUGGUUUUCUAGCUGUAGGAGUCACGUCAGUGCUUUGUGGUGUCCAUAGUCCUCCCACCACCGUGUGGCGCUGUACAGGCCGGUGUUCUUUGUGUCACAGACCUCUCCCAAGAGUGAUGCCUCCCUGGCCAACAAGCUGUGGCUUUGUCCAGUCUGACCAGAGGACACACUUCUUUUAGACUACUUAUUUUCUGUCCUGCUUUCGUUACGUUUGCGCGAGCCGUACCUCGUUCGGCUCCGCGGCUCUCUUUGAAUCCAUUAAUGAUGCUUCUCGAUUCUUGACACUUCAAAAUGCUGCUUCGUCAGCGUCGACGACUCUUCUUCUCAAAUCUAAGCUGAUUUUUUUUCUCUUUUUGUUGGCGUUAAGCCUUUGUCAAAUGGCAGCUUUAACGCUUUCAAGAGUCGCUUUACUCUGUGUAAACUGGGAUAAAGUCCUUAGUUUUAAGUAGCGAUACACCAAUAUGAAAAUGUCGGCCAAUGUUGAUAUCCAAUGCCAAUGUAGCCAAAAAUUUAUAUUUACAGACCAUUUGACAAACACCACAUGACCAACUAUGUCCAAAACACUCACAUAAACCACAACAAGAUGGAAAUAAACAUCAGUUCGUAACGUCUGCUCAGUUUUACUUAUUGGACCAGUACCGGUGUUGAAGCCGAUGUGCCGUUCAUCCCUUGUUUUAACUGGAUUUCCUGGCUAAAUAAGAAAGCGAGUUCUUUAGGUGGCGAUUAAAACGUGUAAUAAGCUGGUAAGUUUUGUUUGGCUUUCUCAAAUACUUGCAUCGAGUGGAAGCACAAAGCGACGUGUACUUUGAAAAGUAAGUUGUGACAAAAGCUAAUCUGAAUCUGCUCUACUCUCUUGGAAAAAGCACUCAGGAAAUAUUUGACAAAAUGUAAACAUUUCCCAACUCAAUAGUCCCGGUUUGCACUCAAUCUUUUUAUCUGUUUUCGUUUUUUCCUCUUAAUCUCCACUUUUAAAAGCGUUUCCAAAAGAUAUCUCAGGUGUUGUUGCCUGCAAGCGGCGUGGAAAAUCUCCGUUUUCCUAAAAACAUCUCGGCUGUGUGUGAACGAGGCCUGAGAACUGGGAGCCUGGUGUGUUUUUUCUUAACGCCAGACUGUAUUUUCUUUUCCAGCUUCAUUAAGACAAAGGUUGCGAUUCUCAUCUGCCUGCUCAGGCUUCACGGUUCUUCUCUGUGAAACAUUUACAAAAAUCCCCGGCGACUGCACUGACUCUCCUCUGGCCUCCGAAAGCUCCCGACUCAUAGCCACAUACUUGAUUUGUCCUAAUUUCCUUUAAGAACUGGAACGGGACACGAUGGAUGCUUUGGUUUUCAUUUGAUCCCACUCUGAGCCCAGUUAUGCGUUUCUCAAAACAAUCUCGCCGCAGUCGGAUGACCCUCGGCUGAACUCUGCUCAGCCCAAACCGGUGGUGAUGUCUUGUGGCGUAUCCCCAUCCUCCCAUCGCCAAUUAAAUAAAUGUACCAAUAUCCCAGCUAGCAAUGUGAAAUAUUGGAUUUGGAGGGCGGGAGCAUCUUUAGCUGCGUUAAACGGCGGCUUCCCGGGGUCUGGGAGAGGGUGGGUGGGUGUGGGGCGGAGUCGCGCAACUGGAAGACGAAAGGAAGCGAGACGCGACUUUGGAACUGGAGUUUGUGUGUUGUAGCUAGAAGCAGGAAUGGACGAGCUGAAACUAACACACCAUGUUUCCUUUUAUCACUCGGAUUGUCUUUUUCUUUCCUCCUUCCGGAACAUCUCUCCUUUUGAAAAUGUCUUCUUUUUUUUCCCCUCCAUCCUCCAUUGGUACCACAGUACGCUAUCUUUCCUUUUAGUUUGCAGAGAGCUCCAGGCCUCCUAAGUAUUUCAUGAGCUCAUCCUGCUCUCAGAUGAACUGAAUGUGCAUUUCAUUCUUUCUUUCUUUUUUUUAUUUUCUCCUCUUGUGUUUUUAACAGUUUGCACCUUGCUUUACUAAUGCCUCUAUCCAUUUUUUGUUUUCCUGUCAGAAAGAGAAAAUGCAUUUUUCUUUUUUUUUUGCUUUGGCAUGUCAGAAUGAGCCAAGCUACUUUGUGACCUGUGAAAAUCCUAUAUAAAUGGUUAUCUAAUGGAGUUGCUUUUAGAUGUGUUGCUAAUCUGUGUAAAUUCACAAAUAAAAGCUGUAUUUUAAGAAAA